ACAAAAUCUCAUUAACGCUUGUUUAACAAUUAACCCCCUUAUCUGUAUUGGAAAGGAGAAAACCGGCCCUGAGGGGCUUAAGUAUCGUAACGUACCAUAAUAUUUCCGUAUGUUAUAUAAUAUUAUAUAAGAAAAUCAACAACAAAUAGAUACUGUCAUUACUGACUAUAGAAACCGCGUUUACUGCGCAGUAUUUACAAAGAUGUGUACCACGGAAAAAGCGAAAAUAAAACGUUGUAAGUGUAAGAAAAAAGGGAGAUUAACGAUAGAUGGGUCUGAUGCAUAUUUUCAGCUUGAGAACCCGGAUGAACAUCCUCAGGAAACAAAGGCACUGGAUAAAGAAAAGAAUGGACGGGUGCUCGAGAAAACAGUAUUUGUACUGACGUCUGUUGGCAUUAUAUUGCUGACCCACGGGAUCACAUGGGCUCAAUGGAUCCUCCCUAUAACGUUUGCUACGCUAACCCCCUUGCUAGUGGGCAUCAAGACAUUUUGUUAUUGGAAGAAUAAAUGGCAGUAUUUCAUGGUGGACUUCUGCUAUUUUGCAAACACGUUAACGCUGGUAUAUCUGUGGUUACCGGAUGCAGGCGGAGAGCUGUUUCGUGUUGUGUUUGCUCUAGCUAACGGACCGGUGCUGGUUGCGGCUGCCGUUUACCGAAACUCCUUGGUGUACCACAAUCAUGACAAAAUCACAUCUUGUUACAUCCAUUUCCUGCCAGCUUUGCUGACUUUCUGCAUCAGAUGGUUUCCAGAAUCCACCUCACAAUUUUGGGUAAAAGACUUUAUCACCGAUGACUCAGACUUUGACGUGGUUUGGUUGUACGCAGUACCCCUUGCGUCCUUCUUUGUGCAUUCUGCACUUUACUGUUUGAUAAUUAACGUAGUGAUGAGACCACGUGAGCCAUACGUCACUAGUUACAGCUACCUUGCUGAAAAAUACAACAAUUUAAAGUGUAUAGAUGGUAAAUGGGGUCAAGGGUUAGUAUACUACGGGAUGAACUGGCUGUUUUGUUUGACAUCUCUACUACCCGCUGUCCUGGCUUACAGCUAUUUUUCCGUGCAUUGUACUCUGAUAGCGCUCGUGUUUCUGGUUGUUCUGUGGAACGGGGCCAGUUAUUAUGUGCACGUGUUUAGUGAAAGAGGAUUCAACGUAUCGGAAUAGACUUUCUGAAAGUGAUUGUUGAAAGUGAAUGUUGUCAUUGUUGAAACAAUGGAAUAGACAUUUUGAACGUCAAUGUUGUUAUUGCACUAAAGCUUUAGAAAGGCGAGUAUUGACAGGCAGUGACGUCAUUGCAGAAUCAAUUAAAUAAAGCUUCAGGUGGGCAGUGACGUCAUUGCUGAAUCAACUGAAAGAAGCCUCUGACGGACAGUGGCGUCAUUGCUGAAUCGGUUGAAUAAAGCUUUAAGUGGGCAGUGUCGACAGUGCUGAAACAAUUAAAUAAAGCUUUUGACGGUUAGCGUAGUCACUGUUGAAUGAAAUGGAUGAAGCUUCUAAUGAAUGUCGUCGGCAUUGCUGAAGGUUUCAAAUAAAAGCUGAUGUCAAAUAUGAGACUAACUAGUGUUGGACUUAGGUUGCGAUGCCGUCUCAGACAGUGAUGAAUAUUGAAGUUAUGCAGAUAGACAAACGUACAUAUGCUUUAAAAACUAUGUUAAACAAAUGUUCACAUUAUAAGAUGUACUCGUACAAUACUGAAAAUGCACAUGAAUAUAUGUCACAUAUAUUCAUGUGCAUUUUCAGUAUUGUACGAGUACAUCUUGUUCAUACUGUGUUUAUAUUGCUGUAAAAAGAAGUUUAGUUAAACAAAAAGUGUUCUU